AUGUACUCGUCAUAUGCUGCUGAACCCGAGCAAAAUUGGCAGACGUGGUACCCAGACACAACUCCGAACGCUAGCGUUGCAUCUCCCUGGCUCGCAAACGAUGACUUCGACACAACGACGUAUCUCAAUGGCACGCCUGCGAUGGAUGCAACAGCUCGGUGCCAUAACAAUCACACCAGUCCGAUCCAACCUCUUGGUACGGACUACUUCGGAGACCAUGUUGUCUCCCAGCCGUGGAUCGGAUACUUCGAGCCAAUCCCUUAUGAAUACUUUGGUAUGCAAAGACAGAAUAGUUCAGCCUCUUCCAUGGAAGCAGGAGGGUUCUCACAGUCUUCGGACGACGAUUUGUCGACGGCGAAUUGCACACGGUACCCACAAAUAGCACAGGACUACAACCUCCCGGUAGCACUUGGUCCCUGCAACACCCUUCAGAGCAACUGUACCGAGCAAGACUCCGUCGUGGACCACUACAAAGCUGGCCACACAGCUGUCGUCGAGAAGCCGAGAUCAGUCGGAUUCGCGUGCUCUGACGAACGCCAAAAGGUGGACCCUCCGAUGCAAGCCGAUGCAAACGAGGGUCCACCACGACCACAUUUCCCAAGAUGGGCCGGCGACGAAUACAAUCCAGCAUGGAUUCGCGGCGAUGGGAUCGAACGAGCUGGAUGGUGCGGACUGUGUCCUGACUGGUUCAAGAUGAAGGACUCUGCGUACUGGUACCACAUGCACUACUCGCACGGUAUCAGCUGCGCAACAGGAAAGCGUUACGAUCCGCCCGAAGCUCGUCGUCCUGGUCAAGGCGCAACCGCACGCGAGGCUCUCUGCGGCGUCUGCAAACGAUGGAUCUACAUUGGGCGAUCUGACCGACCAUUCUUCCGGCAUGCCUACAAGUGUCAUGCCAAGGAAAAGCCGGCCAUUCUGUCAUCACGAACGGCACCGAAGAGCGCCUCGCCUGGCCGCGUGAGCAAGAGACACGGCAAGUGA